AUGAACUCUGCCAUCACCAGCUGUGAGCACCCCAAGCCCUUGAGGAGUGAUGGUGUACUCAACUCCCAUGAAGGUGGCCAAGGCAGCAAGAAGGAUGGCCAGCCUAGGGGUCUCAGCAGUAGCCACCUGGCUUAUAGCAUCCUGGAUAUCCCACCAUGGUAUCUGUGCAUCUUCUUGGGGGUCCAGCACUUCCUCACGGCCCUGGGGGGACUCGUGGCAGUUCCGCUCAUCCUGGCCAAGGACCUGUGUUUGCAGCAUGACCCCCUGACCCAGAGCUACCUCAUCAGCACCAUUUUCUUCGUCUCUGGCAUUUGCACUCUCCUGCAAGUAUUUUUAGGAGUCAGGCUGCCCAUUCUCCAGGGAGGAACAUUUGCUUUUGUGGCACCCUCCCUGGCCAUGCUGUCCCUUCCCACCUGGAAGUGCCCCACGUGGACACUCAAUGCCAGCCUGGUGAACACCAGCUCCCCUGAAUUCACCGAGGAAUGGCAGAAGAGGAUCCGAGAGCUGCAGGGAGCCAUCAUGGUUGCUUCCUGUGUCCAGAUGCUGGUGGGCUUCUCAGGCCUCAUUGGCUUCCUCAUGCGCUUCAUCGGCCCCUUGACCAUCGCUCCCACCAUCUCCCUGGUGGCCCUGCCUCUCUUCGAUUCUGCGGGCGAUGACGCCGGGAUCCACUGGGGCAUUGCCGCCACGACCAUCUUCCUCAUCGUGCUGUUUUCUCAGUACCUGAAAAACAUCGCAGUGCCUGUGCCUGUUUACGGACGAGAGAAGAAGUGUCACACCUCUAAGUUCUACCUGUUUCAGGUCUUCCCUGUGUUGCUGGCGCUCUGCAUCUCGUGGCUGCUGUGCUUCGCGCUUACAGUCACCAACGCCCUCCCCUCGGCACCUACAGCCUACGGGUACCUGGCCCGCACAGACACCAAGGGCGACGUCCUGAGCCAGGCUCCUUGGUUUCGCUUCCCUUACCCAGGGCAGUGGGGCCUCCCCACCAUCAGCCUGGCUGGGGUCUUUGGGAUCGUCGCGGGGGUGAUCUCCUCAAUGGUGGAAUCGGUAGGCGAUUAUUAUGCCUGUGCCCGCCUGGUGGGGGCACCACCCCCUCCGAAGCACGCCAUCAACCGAGGCAUCGGCAUCGAGGGCCUGGGCUGCCUGCUGGCAGGGGCCUGGGGUACGGGGAACGGCACCACCUCCUACAGCGAGAAUGUCGGCGCGCUGGGCAUCACCAGGGUAGGGAGCAGGAUGGUGAUUGUCGCUGCGGGCUGCGUGCUGCUCCUGAUGGGCAUAUUUGGGAAGAUCGGGGCUGCGUUUGCCACCAUCCCAGCCCCUGUGAUCGGAGGCAUGUUCCUGGUGAUGUUUGGGAUCAUCACUGCCGUGGGGAUUUCCAACCUUCAGUACGUGAACAUGAACUCGUCCAGAAACCUCUUUGUCUUUGGCUUCUCCAUCUACUGUGGGCUUGCUGUCCCCAACUGGGUGAACAAGAACGCGGAGAGGCUCCACACAGGGAUUCUGCAGUUGGACCAGGUCAUCCAGGUGCUGCUGACCACGGGCAUGUUUGUUGGUGGAUUUCUGGGCUUUCUACUGGACAACACCAUCCCUGGAAGCCUGGAGGAGAGAGGCCUCCUGGCAUGGAAUCAAAUCCAGGAGGAGUCUGAGGAGACUACGAAGAUCUCGGAGGUCUACAGCCUCCCCUGGGGGAUCGGCACCACGUUCUGCGCAUCCUCCUGCACCCGGUGCCUCCCCUUCUGGCCCAGGCUGGAACGUGGUGGGAGAGGUGAGGUGGGGGUGAGCCAGCUGACGCUCUGCUCCCGGGACCCCUCAGAAGAGCGGCCCAAGGGCGCCACAGACACCAGGAUAUGAGAACGCUCCUUUUGCACGUCCCAGAGCCCUCACUACCCCCACCCAACGUGCUGAGCUCCCCACUCACGCCUGGGGGCCCUGCCCUCUCGAGUACCUCUGCACCCCGCACGUGGUGGCAGCCAAAUAAGUAUUAGA